CGCCGCUGAGAGCCAAUAGGAGGAGGGCUCUUUGCGGGCUCACGCGCGACACGGAACAUGGCGCCGCCGGCUCGGUACUGCGUGCCCGGCGAGCGGCUGUGCAGCACGGAGGAGGCCUCGGCGGGCAGCGGGACCUACGCGCGGCACGGUUCUAUCUUCGCCUCGCUGGCCGGCUGCCUGCAGAAAUGUGUCGAGGGCGGCGGGCUGCCCGUGGUGUCGGUGGUGCGGGACGCGGAGGCGCAGCUGCUGCCCGGCGUGGGGGCCGUGGUGACCUGCAAGGUGUGCAGCAUCAACUCCCGGUUUGCCAAAGUGAACAUCCUGUAUGUUGGCUCCACGCCGCUGAAAUCCACCUUCCGCGGCACCAUACGGAGGGAAGACAUUCGAGCCACUGAGAAGGAUAAGGUAGAAGUCUACAAGAGUUUUCGCCCUGGUGACAUAGUUCUAGCCAAAGUUAUCUCACUGGGAGAUGCACAGUCUAACUACCUGCUGAGCACAGCAGAGAAUGAGCUGGGCGUGGUAGUGGCACGCAGCGAGGCAGGGGUGCAGAUGGUGCCCAUCAGCUGGUGUGAGAUGCAGUGCCCACAGACACACACCAAGGACUUCCGUAAGGUGGCCCGCGUGCAGCCGCAGUUCCUGCAGACCUAGCAGCCCCCUCAGGGGCAUGGGGACCCCAGGAAGGAGGGCUGCUGUGGUGGGGUCCAACAGCUUCUAUGCAGCUCCACGCGUGAGAGACUGGAACAGCAGGAUGGAUUUUGUAUUUGUGCUGUAGAUAAUAAAUGUUUUUUCUUUUUUGAGAGCUCUGUGUUCUGCUCAGUUACUGCCCAUAGGGAUUGCUCCAGAGCUGCUGGAGGGGGCUGUCUCACACAGCAGUGCAGGGGUGAGAAGUGUGUUCCUAGCCUGGGGCUGGGGAAGGGGAGCAGUGAGGGACUCUGAGGCUAGUGGUACUCAGCACAGGCUGUGGCUGCUGCUGUACUCUCCAAGGCCACUUAUCACCUCAGGUCAUGCAUGCCCUUCAUUAGGCAAAGGGGUGUGGCACACGCCAGAGCCAGUAAACCACUGGUGAGUCACAGUGAAUCACUCUGCAACAAGGAUUGCGGAACUGUGCUUUGCUGUGUGGAGCCCAAGCACUUUCUGCACCCACAAGUCAGCAGCAACUUCUGCAUCACGAACACGUGGUAGCACAGGAAAGGAGGUGCUAGGCAAAGUGGGAGCGCCAUGUGGCCCAGGAGCACAUGGUGCAGUGGCACAGAAAAACGCUGACAUUAAUUAUUGCAUAUUAAUCUUUUAUUGAACUGGAACAAGACAACUGGUACUGCUGGACAGUUAGAUUGACCCAGUGCAAGCCCAGGCUCACUACAGCAGCAGUGGGGGAGGCUACAGUGACAGUGCCAAGUACACGUUUGUGGGAUAGGGGCACAAUGGCAUCUACACCACCUCCAUGAGGCAGGACUAGGGUUGGCUUUGGCUGUAGGAAGCACAUGGCAAAUACAAAUUCCCAGACAACACGCUCCUUCCUUU